AUGAGCCUGAUAAACUCGAUUUUACCAAUUAUUGAAGCCAAAAAACGUAUUAUGCAUGCAUUUACUGAUUUGGAUGAUAUAUUUCUUUGUGGCCCGAUUUUGUUUGAAGAAAUAAUUUUGUCUAAUUUUAAUAUUUUUCGUUUAGUUGAUAAUUUCUCGCCAAAUCCAACUCCAAUACAUUUAGAUGAAGUAAAUAGUUGGGAAUCCUCAGCACAAAAUAAAUUAUUUAAAAGUAGAGUUCAAAAAUGCUUUUUAGUUGACAGACUUUUGUGUUUUAGCAUAGCUAAUUCUAUGCCUGUUUUUGAAAAAUUGACUAUAUCUGAUAAGGUACUUCUUAUAAAAAAAUAA